CUCACGAACACCAUCGGAUCUGAGACGCAACUCUGCCGCUCCAGGUUCCUUACUGCCGGAUCCUGCACGUAAAGUGUCCCUCAUUGUCCAUCAUGGCCGACCGCAGCACGCCCGGAAAGUCGCCCAAGUCUCCCUCAGACAACCCCGGCUCCUCGCCGCCCAUCGAGGCCGACCCCGGGGUUGACGACGGCGACGACACCACGGAUGCCGACUCUGCCAUCGGCGGCGCCAGCCUCAACACGUCUACCGCGUCCAUCUCCGAGAGCAUCCUCGACUACCGCAAGAUCCACGGCCGCACGUACGAGAACAUCAAGACGACCGAGUACUGGGCGCCCAACGACGACCAGCAGAAUGGCGGCCUCGACAUGAUCCACAACGCGCUGCUCAUGACGCUCGACGACGAGCUGUUCUUCGCGCCCAUUGGAGAUAAUCCCGCUCGCGUCUUGGACAUUGGCACUGGCACUGGCAUCUGGGCCAUCGACUUUGGCGACCAGUUCCCCGCGACCCAGGUCAUCGGCACCGACCUCAGCCCGAUCCAGCCGGCCUGGGCGCCGCCCAACGUCGAGUUCGUCAUCGACGACUGCCUACUGGACUGGACGUGGCCGGCGGACCACUUCGACUUUGUCCACAUGCGCGCGCUGUACGGCAGCAUCCCCGACUGGCAGGCCCUGUACGCAAAGGCGUUCCGCCACCUCAAGCCCGGCGGCUGGAUGCAGGACCUGGAGAUGAACGUGCGCAUCGAGUCGGACCACGCGGACCUCGCCGCGGACCACAUCUUCAACCGCUGGGCCGACGUCUUCCACGCGGGCGGCGACAAGAUGGGCCGGUCGUUCACCGUGAGCCAGGGCCACACGAUGCGCGACAACAUGGCGGCCGCGGGCUUCGUCGACAUCGUCGAGAGGAAGGUCAAGGCGCCGAUGCACGGGUGGCCGCAGGAGCCCAAGCUGCAGCAGGCCGGCUUGCUGUUCCAGCUGGCCCUGGACGAGAGCAUCGAGGGCUUCGCCGUCUUUCUCCUGACGCAGGUCAUGGGCUGGCAGCGCGAGGAGGUGCUGGUGCUGGUGGCCGAGUUCCGCCGGGAGAUGAGGAAGAAGUCCAACUUUGGCUGGUGUCAAGUUACAAUUGUAUAUGGCCGGAAACCGCUGCCAGCUGAGUAGCCGUGAUGAAGGAUCUCAGUAAAUG